AGGGGCGCGACUAAAAAAGGAAGACAUUAUUUUACUUUGAAAGGGAAACUAAAGGCGACGGGUGGACUGGACUGUGUACAGAAAACCUAAACAAGAGAGGAUCGUUUUGUCUCCCAAACUGAAGAAUAAGGACUCUGCAUAGCGAACCAUGACCGAUUCUGGACCAUCAAGAAAAAUGUCACGCGCCAAGUUGGUGAUUCUGGGACGAGAGAACUGUGGGAAGACAGCCUUGUGUGUUAGAUUCAUCACCAAGCGGUUCAUAGGAGAGUAUGACCAUAAAAAGGAAGUAACAUACAGGUGUCGAAAAACUGUGGACAAGGAACCCAUUGAUUUGGAGAUACUGGACACAGCAAACAAGGAGUCUGUUUGUUCUGCAGCAACUGUUGAGACUUCCAUUAAAUGGGGCAACGGUUUCCUUAUUAUGUAUUCCAUCACAGACCGGAGCAGCUUUGAAUCCGUCUCACGGUUGAAGAGGCUUAUUGAUCAUGUCAAGCAGACUCUGGGCAUACCUACUGUAAUAGUUGCCAACAAAUGUGACAUGGAGAAUGGACGGGUGGUGCGGACAGAAGAAGGGCAGGCCCUUGCUAGUGAUCUGAGGUGCAGCUUCUUUGAGUUGUCUGUGGCAGAGAGCUCGUUGGCCGUGGAGGUUGCAGUUGAGAAGUUGAUACGGGAGGUGCGUCUGGAGUACCAGCGUCACCUACUGGCCAUGGACAGACGCUCGCGCAUGCUGCAGAUGAGGCAUGCACUGAGCCGCAAGCUCACCCGGAGCAAGACCAUGCAGUGGUGACCAAGGUUGUUCAGUCUGUCUCCAUGACUACUGACUGAAGAGCUACUCGUUGCUGUUUCUUUCUACAUCUGCGUUAUACGGAAGUUGACAGAGAGGCAAAUCCUUGACAAGAAGUUGAAGUUGUAGAGGAACCCUGACUUAAUGGUUUCGGACAUAAUGGACCGCAUUUCACAAACUUGUUUAUGUAUAUAGUAUACAUACAGUGCAUUUGGUAAUGCAUUGGCAUUCACAAAGCUUUUAUGGGGCACAUAAUAACAUGAAUGGUUGAAAGCAGCAGAAAACUGAUGGGAAAUUGCACUCUACCGACAGUUAUCUUUGUCUAUGAAAUAUGGGUGAUUCCAUUGUUAGAGAAACAUCUUUGAGUGCAAACAGAAAUGUUAUUUGGCCUAUGGUAGGAUAUUUU